AAAACGCAUCCAUUUCUGCACUAUUAUUAGUAAUUAGAAGCCGGGGCAAGUUUUUUUUUUAAACUAGUUCUUCAGAAGAUUUCGCCAUGGAAGUGGAAACAAACAAUAACAAUACGGUGAUAACCGAAGAGAUUCAGAAACAAAAUCAUCAAGGAACAAAUUCGCCCAUUAAGUUGAAAGUUGAAAGCAAUAUAGUAAUUGUUAAGAGCACAGAUGGUAUUCCAAUUAAUAACGAUAAUGCUGAGAAACGUAAAGAAACAAACGACGAUAACACAAAAGAAGCGAAAAGACUGAAGUUGCACAUGCCUGCUACGGAAGAUACUGAGAUUGCAAAUAAAGUAGAUAACCUGGAAAGCUCAAAACUCGCAGAUAAACUGGAAAAUAUAGCGAAAACUCAGUCCACGAGCAUCGCCACCGCAGUACAAAAGAAGGCCCCACAGUCCCCUAAAAAACGUUUACAACUGGACGCCAACAAUGCUGAUAGUGACGCAAAAAAGCGAAGGAAGCAGACAAAAUACAUGUAUGGCAACUACAAAAAUUAUUAUGGCAAACGUUUUUUGGACAAUGUGUUUCACGACAUCCGAUUGGAUGUGAUCGACACACACAAGGAGCUUUUUAAGGAUAAAAUACUAUUGGACAUUGGCUCCAAUACUGGCCAUUUAACAAUCGAGAUAGCCAAGCGUUACGGUGUUAAAAGCCUCGUUGGUCUAGACAUAGAUCGAAAGCUGAUCAAGAUUGCACAGACACAACUAAAUAUUCUAAAGCAAAAGGAGAACGCUACAACAUCAAAGAGAGCGGAAAACAAGUUCCCUUUCAACGUAAAAUUUAUUUAUGGCAAUUACGUUCUGGACGAUGACGUUUUGCUUGAAGUGCAACGUCCCAAAUUCGAUGUUAUAUUGUGCCUUUCAGUGACCAAAUGGAUUCAUCUCCAGUUUGGUGAUGCGGGCUUAAAGCAAGCUUUUCGACGCAUGUUUCUGCAGCUGCUUCCGGGUGGAAAAUUAAUUCUCGAACCACAGGCGUUUCAGAACUACAAACGUCGCAAAGCCAUUACAGAACAAAUACGACAACAUUACAAUGCAAUCAAAUUCUUUCCUACUGAGUUUACCGAAUACUUGCUGAGCCCUGAGGUUGGCUUUAGCAAGAUGGAACUAAUGGGCGUCCCUAAACAUUGUGAGGUAGGAUUUACGCGUCCCAUACAAAUAUUUCACAAAGAUUAAAUAUAUAUGUAUUAUAUACAUAAUUAUAUUUCGAUAGUGAACAAAACACAA